AACAACACAAACAACGUUUCGCGUCAGUGUGAAUUGUGGCUGUUUGGGCUGUGUGUGGUGUUUACCUGCCGUUCGCUGUUACCGAAACAGAAACCAACCAUGGAGCUAGUUGUGCAGGAAAUGUGGAACUUUUGUCGAUUUUGUUUAAGCCAGGACGAAGAUCUUCUUAUCCCGAUCAGGAACGCACUGGACGAGCACGUCACCGUCGACAAUAUAGAACGAUUCACGGGCAUCGCUAUCGAACCGGACGAAAACAUUCACGAUGCCAUUUGUACCGAUUGCUCCAACCGAUUGUACACGUAUGCUGUCUUCCGGCGGUCUUGCUUAAGGAACGAUGCCUAUUUACGUAAAAUUUACCCACAAAUGUGUGCUGAUGACAUACUCGAUGAAGUAGAUGCUGCAGCGGCUAAUCACAGUAACGACCCGUGUGUUAACCGGAAGUUGGAAAGUGUCGUUCCGAAGGCAUCCUCUUCCCAAGCGACGAGUGUGUCAGAAGAAGAUGAAGAAGAAGAAGAGGAAGAAGAAGAAGAAGAAGGAGAAGAAGGAGAAGAAGAAGAAGAGGAAGAAGGAUAUUCAUGCUUCUCAAGCGAACAGCCCACCACACAAUCGAUGGUGCUCGCAAACCCCUCUCCCCCACCAUCGGUCGAUCGUGGCGUGAAGGAUGAGCUAGUGGAAGAAGAACUGUACUCGGCUAACUACAUCGCACCGGGCGAAGAUUUGGACGAUGACGCGCGGGGCUCCAGCGACGACGACAGCUUCAUAGCGGAAAUGUACAACGCCAUCAUGCGCAAACCGCAACGAGCCUACACGCAGUCGAAAAUUGAGCAAGAGUACAUUUCGAACGAAAUGUACCACCUGCUGGACCUGUCGAAGUAUCGGCGCCAGCGGUAUCUGUGCGAAAUGUGCGGGAAGAUGGUGAGCGAUAUCGUGUCGCACAUCGUCAGCCACAAGCAGGAGGCCCGGUACGCGUGUCCGCACUGUCCCGUCCGCAUGACGCACUCGGCCAACAUGAUGCGGCACGUGCAGGCGGUACACGAGCGCAGGAUAGUGAAGACGUGCAAACCAUGCGGCAAAGGAUUUACGCACAAAAAUGGCUACGAUUCGCAUAUGCUAUCACACCACGGCAUCGGGACGCAGCAUGAGUGCAAAGUGUGCGGAAAGAUGUUCAACCACAGGAGCAGCAUGAGAGAGCACAUCAGAAGGUAUCACGAAAUGGAGAGUUACAGCUGCUCGUUGUGUGACAAAACGUUCAAAAUGAGGAGAGCUCUUCAAAAUCAUCAGCUAGUUCACAGCACGGAAAGGCCGUACGCAUGCCCGCGGUGUCCGAAGCAGUUUAAAAGCGCCAAAACUAGAGCCACCCAUUUACGCACGCACAGCGGCAUCCAGUACAAAUGCACGCUGUGCGACAAAUCCUAUCGGUACAAAGCGCUGCUUAAUAUACACCGUCGUAAAAUGCACCCGACGGAAGGUCUUAGCAAUGAGUUCUGCCUGUGCGAGGACGACCAGCGCCUCUGUCCGAUCACAGCAACCUUCAGUGCUUCACUUACGCACAAAGAUGUGGAACGAUUUACCGGAAUACAGAUAAACCCAGACGAGGACUGCGCGACCUACGCCAUCUGCCACGAGUGCGCAAACAGGCUAAGAACGGCUGCGGAGUUCCGAUGCACCUGCUUAAACAACGAUAUAAAAUUCCAGGAGCUGUUCAUGACGCUCAUUUACAGUGCAGAGCGCGCGUACUAUGAAGAUUGGGAGUGUGAAGAAUUGUCCGACGACGAUGAGAAACAGGAGAAGGAGCAAAUGAGCGAUCAAACAACCGAAUUCGAAGCACUCACACUGGAUGGGUACAGUUACGAUGAACAAGAGCGCAAUCCAAUCAGCUCGCCAGAAUGCCAGGACGAUGAUGCAGAGUUGUACUCUGCGAACUAUAUUGCGCCCGACGAUCCGUACCAUUCGGAGACAACUGACGAAAGUCGAACAAAUCCCCUCUUGCUAAGGUCGGCAAAACAGAGAGGAAGUAUACAAAAUGGCGCCGAUCUGCUUGAAAACGUGCAGUCCAACGUUCGCCGAUCGGGCAAGAGCGAGGGAAAGAAGCGGAAAAUCCUAGAUGCAUCGAUCGUUGAUCAGAGCCCGGGCUACUACAUUAAAAAGUACAAAGCGGGCAUCCGUGUACGCCCGAAGACGCUCUGUGAAGUGUGCGGCGUGUUCGUGAUCGGGGUACGCCGCCAUCUGCUAAAUCAUCGGCAGGAGUCACUGUACGGGUGCCCGCAUUGUCCAGUGAAGAUGAAGCAGAAGAGCAACAUCAUGGCCCACAUUAACACGGUGCACUUCAAAACGGUCGGCAAAACGUGCGGCAUCUGCGGGAAGGGCUUCGUACACCACAAAACGUAUCGAUAUCAUAUGUACACGCAUGUGCUGGAAAAGCAACCUUUUCUCUCGUCUCCGAACCCGUUCGGAACCACCCUGUACGAUACAAAUGGGCGCCGUUUUGACAACCCGUUUCGUUGGAAAUUUGUUUACCAACAAUCCUUUCCAGAUUUCGCCCGCAGUAUGGCGAUCGCCUCGCAGGGAUUGCUAAACGUUUGCCGAUUCUGUUUGUCCCAGGAAGAUGAACGAAUCAUUCUGCUCGAUCAGAUCCUGGACGCGUCGCUCUCAAUCGAAAAUGUGCAACAGUUAACAGGAAUUGAAAUAUGUACGGAUCAAACAACGACGCAGGCGGUAUGCUUGGAGUGCACCAGCAAGCUUAAAAAGGCUUCGGCUUUCCGGAACAACUGCAUCAGCAACGACUACCUGUUCCGGCAGCUCUGCUCACGGUCGCGUUUCACCGUCGUCCAAGGUGCUACUGAUGAUGUCCAAAACGAUGAUUCUGUCCUGGAGGAUCCACUAGAUUUUGAGAUCACUGAUAAUACGAUAAACGAUGGUUUCUCGGCUACUGAUGAUGAAACGGACUUCGAACAGGAUGAUGAUGAUGAGCCAAAUCGAACGCGAACGAAACGAAAUACAGACUCCACCAACGAUGAUACAAUGGAGUACAGGGAAGAGGUCAUCGCUUCCGUUGAUUAUGAUGACGGCACAGCUAUCUCGGAAACCAGUCCGCCUAAACGCCAUGAAGACGAACCAACGGUAGCAACGAUGCAGCAGUCGACGGAACAAGACGAUACGCUCUACUGUGCCAACUACAUAGAGCUGGGUGAACCGCCCACUGAUGGCGAGGAAGCCGUAGCUGCAUUAAGUAAGAAUGAUAAUCUUACCUGCUGGACUGGUUCACGCACCAGACGAGCCAAGCUCGUGUUAGUGCGGAGCGGACAAGCUGGCGGUAAUACUCGCGCUGCCACCUCGACGAGCAUUCUAUUUCGCCGCACCAAGCGCAAGCGUCAGAAGCCACUCUGCGAAACGUGCGGCAAGGUGGUGACAAACAUUGCAACGCACCGCGCAACACACAGCAAGGAGAUGGGCCACGCCUGUCCGCACUGUUCGAUACGGAUGAGCAAUUCAUCGAAUCUGCUGCGCCACGUACAAGCCGUCCAUCUCAAGGUGAACGUAAAGACGUGCGAAAUCUGUGACAUUGGGUUUACCCAUUACUCUACCUACCGGUCGCACAUGUACGCACAGCACGGAAUCGGUGAGCUGCACGAGUGCCGGGUGUGCUCGAGAACGUUCCCGGACGCCUGUGUGCUGCGAAAGCACGUGAAACGGUUUCAUGGUGUGCAGGAGCACGCCUGUCCCAUCUGUGGCAAACUAUUCAAGAUGCUCGACAUGCUCAAGCGUCACCAGCUAGUCCAUUCUAAAGAGCAGCCGUUUAUGUGCAGCCAAUGUCCGAAGCGCUUCAAAAGCGACACCUCCAGGAAAAAGCACGAGUUCACCCACAGCGGCAUCCUGUUCGGUUGCUCCCUGUGUGGCAAAACGUACCGGUACAAGUAUCUCGUCAAUGCGCACAUCAAAAAGGAGCACCCGCUUGAAGGUGGCGAAAACGACGCAGAAACGCCACCACACUGCGAGGGUACGACGGAAGGGGAAUCGACCGUUAUCGAGUAUGGCGAAAACUGAAGGAGCUGGUAAUAUUUAUUGCCAUAUAGUGAAUUGCCGAAUAGUGAAAAGGUUGGAAGAACAACGCGUGGAUUUGUGAAUUGAAAUACAGAAAUCAUUGUGUA